UCCCGUAUUUUUGAACGUCGAAUUAUUUGUAAGCUGAGGUGGGGCCCACACGUCAAGAUUUUUUUUUUUGGGACAUGUGACAAAUUAUAUGAAUCACAUAUGUGAAGUUAAACACAACUCAAGAAGGACCCUUGGGCCAAAUCAAAGUGGAAGUCCUCCAAACGAAUAUUUUUAAGAAAACGUUUUCGGGUGACCUGACUUUGGGGGGCAAAAACGGUAUUAUAUGUUUGGAAUUUGGAAAAAUACCAAGAAUUAGAAGUUGUAGAUAAUUGAAUUAUCUUUCCAACCAUAGGUCGUGGGUUCCCAGGUGACGUCGGUACAAGGAGAUAUGGACGUUUUAAGGUCGAAAGGUCAGUGGGCUAGGCCCAACUCGGGACCAACCGAGUUGGCCCAAAAAAAUGAAAAGAAAAAUUUAGGCCCAAGGUGAGAGGGUGGCCGGCCAUACCUGGUCCAAGCCCACCAAAUUAAUUAAUUUCCAUGUGGCAAAUUAAUUAUAAAGGGAUCAUUAUCCCUUAGAUGAUUCAAGAAACUUAGAAGGAGAAAGAACAAACAAAACAAGAGCAAAAAAAAGGGCCAUUUCGGGUUUGGCCAUAGAAAAUUCACCCCUCCAAAUCUUCCUCCAAAAAUUAUUUUCUUGUGGUAUUCCUACUAAUUUAAGGGUCCUUUACAACUUGGUGUAAUUGUUUUGGAAGAAGGAGCACUUAUUUCUUCAAGUUGACAACUUGUUCAAGUGAAGGAGUUGUAGAAAAAGGUAAGAAUCAAUUUCUUUUUCUUAUGUUAUGAAGGUUUGUUUAUGUUGUGGUAUGUGGAAAUGAGUAGAAAUUAUGGAAAUAAGGAAGUUUGCAAAGUGGGUAUGUAUAUAUAUAUGUAGCCAUGAGUGUAUAUAUGUUGUAUACAUAUAUGAGUUGAAUUUUAUGUUGUAUUAGUUGUGGUUAUGGUGAAAAUUAUAUUGGGAAUGAAAGUUGAAUGAAUUUUGGUUGAAGUUGGAAUGUAGAAGAUUAUGUCACUUUAGAAUGAUUUUGUGAUAUUAUGGAAAUGAAGUUGUUAAGAUGUGAAUUAUGAUUAUGGUUGAUGAAAUUGGAAGAUGGAAAUAUGUUAUGAAUAUGUAGGUUGAAGAUUUGAAGUUUUGGGUGAAUUAUGUUUUGGUGGAAAGUUUGUAUAUUUUGUAUAUCUUGUGAAUAUUUCGUAGAAAUGAUAUGAAAUAUUUCCAAAUUAUAUUGUGAUGAUCUAGAUUAAUGAUGAAUGUGAAACCAUUGAGAUUAGUUUGGAAAUUGAAGUUGAAAUGAAGGUUAUGACAUUAUGUUGGAAAGAUAGCUAGUUAAGUUAUAUUGUGUUUAUAGUGAUUGUUGUUGUUGUUGAUGUUGUUGUUGGGUUGUUGUUGAUUGUUUUGGCCGAGUUAAAUUCUCGGGGAUGCUAUAUGUAUAGGGGAGAUGCUGCCCAAAUUUCUGUAGGCAAUUAUGAAUAAAGAUUGAAUACUUAAAGAUUGGAAAUUGAGAAUUGGUAAAUGUGACCAAUUGCAGAUUUUGGGCGAAACGGGAAUUGAAUUUGGAAAGGCGUAAAGAGCAUAUAAGGUACCGACGACAGGUUUGCUGAUCCGUCCGCUUAGGAUCUUAUUCUGCUAUUUUGGAGCGCUCCUUUAUCCGGAGCCUAUAUUUUGGUACAAUCUUCUGCUAUUGUAUAUAUGUACGCUAUUCAGGGGUACGACGGGGCCCUGUCCCAUCUUAUGAUUCUGUUAUGUUCUGUAGAGGUCUGUAGACAGACUUGUGUGGGUUCUGUAUAUGUUUUGGGUUGUUAUGAUCGGUGAUGGCCUUAUCGGCCUCUACGUGCAAAAUCUGUUCAUCUGUGAUAUUUAGUAGCGCCAACUAACCUUUAUAUUAAUAUAUUUUGAUAAUAUGUUGGUUUGGGUUAUUGGGUACGUUUGGGUGUCCAGCACGGACACUAGUCGCGGCCUACGGGGUUGGGUCGUGACAAAAGUGGUAUCAGAGCGGUUCGUCCUCGGAACGUCUACAGACCGUGUCUAGUAGAGUCUUGUUUAUCGGUGUGUUGUGCACCACACCUAUAAACAGGAAGCUACAGGACAUUUAGGGUGUUUCUUUUUUUGAAAUCUUAGAUCGUGCAAUAGAGCUGUGCUAUUAGGAUGAUUCUGUCCUGAUCCGUUGUUGUUUUUCUUUCAGUGAUGCCUCCGAAAAAGGCGACGGCUGCCCAGAAGAAAAAGGGCGUGGUAGGAGAGACCAGCCGGGCUCAGAAGGGUACUCGGACCCUUGCUCAGAUGAUGCGUGAUAUUGCGUCCCGGCCAGCAGACUCUGCUACGUCUUCAUCAUCAGAGGAGUCUGGGGCAGCUCCACCAGUAGCUCCAGAGGUUCCAGUACCUGAGCCUCCAGCUCCACAGCCAGGGGCUGAGGAUCGGGCUAUGAGAGAUGCGGUCCAGUUGUUGACCAGACUGGUAGCAGGGCAGGUUCAUAGGCACGGACUUGGGGAUGGUCGUGCAGACAGACGUGACAGUUCGAGAGCUCGUGAGUUCCUGACCUGUAAUCCUCCAGAGUUCUUCGGGACAAAGCCCGAGGAGGAUCCUGAGGAGUUUAUCAGGAAGAUGCGGCGCACGUUACAUUUGAUUAAGGCAUCUGCGACAGAGUCAGUGGAGUUGGCUUCGUACCGGUUGUAUGAUGUAGCAGCAAAUUGGUACGAGUCUUGGGAGUUAGCCAGAGGCGUUGGUGCUCCCCCAGCAGUCUGGGAUGAGUUUUCUGAGGCUUUUCUUAGCCAUUUUCUGCCUCCGGAGUUACGGCGGGCCAGGGCUGACAGAUUCUUAUUGCUUAGACAGAGGGGCUGCAGUGUUCGAGAGUACAGUAUGGAGUUCGACUCAUUGGCCCGAUAUGCACCUGCUGUGGUAGCUACUAUGGCUGACAGGAUGCACAGGUAUAUUAUGGGGCUGGACCGUUAUUUUGUCGACAGUUGCUUGGUAUUGGCCGCUCAGCCCGAUAUGGAUAUUGCCCGGAUUCAGGCGCACGCUCAGGGCAUGGAGGACCGGCACAGGGGUCAUCAGCCCGAUAGGAGUCAGGAUCGGAGACAGCCCAAGAGGGCCAGAUCAUCUGGGUAUUUUGAGGAAUUUCGGAGUGGGCAGCCUCAGCAGCAGCAGCAGUCUAGCAGGCAUUCUUCCCAGCCAGCACAGAGCACACCUCCGCAGUUCUCAGGCAGGAGAUUUGAUAGCCCAGGGUAUUUAGGAGCAGGCCAGAGCUCCGGGGUUUCAGGUUCGCGGGUAGACAGGAGUUCCGGUCAGACGAGGCCACCCAGGCCUCAGUGUUCUUAUUGUGGGAGAUACCACCCUGGAGAGUGCUACCGUGCUACAGGUGCUUGUUAUUCUUGUGGCCGUCAGGGCCAUACUGUGAGAGAGUGUCCGUAUAAGGGUAAUUUGGGAGGUGCAGCGCAGCCUACCGGAUCAGUCGCUGGGUCAUCGUCUCCUUCGAUAGCCAUGCGCCCUGCGGGGCAGGGUACGUCGACAUCAGCAGGCCGCGGCAGAGGUAGUGGCGGGGCUCCCAGUUCAAGCGGUCCUUCGAACCGCAUCUAUGCCUUGACUAGUCGACAGGACCCGGAGGCGCUACCAAACGCGGAUACAGGUAUACUAAUGUCUUUUUCGAAAUAUAAGUGUAUUGAAAGAUCUAGCCUCUACUUUGUGAUAUAUUUUCCCCAAAAUGCUUACAAGACCCUAUAAGAUUAAUUUAACAUUCGAGGACGAAUGUUCUAAAGGGGGGGAGGAUGUUACAUCCCGUAUUUUUGAACGUCGAAUUAUUUGUAAGCUGAGGUGGGGCCCACACGUCAAGAUUUUUUUUUUUGGGACAUGUGACAAAUUAUAUGAAUCACAUAUGUGAAGUUAAACACAACUCAAGAAGGACCCUUGGGCCAAAUCAAAGUGGAAGUCCUCCAAACGAAUAUUUUUAAGAAAACGUUUUCGGGUGACCUGACUUUGGGGGGCAAAAACGGUAUUAUAUGUUUGGAAUUUGGAAAAAUACCAAGAAUUAGAAGUUGUAGAUAAUUGAAUUAUCUUUCCAACCAUAGGUCGUGGGUUCCCAGGUGACGUCGGUACAAGGAGAUAUGGACGUUUUAAGGUCGAAAGGUCAGUGGGCUAGGCCCAACUCGGGACCAACCGAGUUGGCCCAAAAAAAUGAAAAGAAAAAUUUAGGCCCAAGGUGAGAGGGUGGCCGGCCAUACCUGGUCCAAGCCCACCAAAUUAAUUAAUUUCCAUGUGGCAAAUUAAUUAUAAAGGGAUCAUUAUCCCUUAGAUGAUUCAAGAAACUUAGAAGGAGAAAGAACAAACAAAACAAGAGCAAAAAAAAGGGCCAUUUCGGGUUUGGCCAUAGAAAAUUCACCCCUCCAAAUCUUCCUCCAAAAAUUAUUUUCUUGUGGUAUUCCUACUAAUUUAAGGGUCCUUUACAACUUGGUGUAAUUGUUUUGGAAGAAGGAGCACUUAUUUCUUCAAGUUGACAACUUGUUCAAGUGAAGGAGUUGUAGAAAAAGGUAAGAAUCAAUUUCUUUUUCUUAUGUUAUGAAGGUUUGUUUAUGUUGUGGUAUGUGGAAAUGAGUAGAAAUUAUGGAAAUAAGGAAGUUUGCAAAGUGGGUAUGUAUAUAUAUAUGUAGCCAUGAGUGUAUAUAUGUUGUAUACAUAUAUGAGUUGAAUUUUAUGUUGUAUUAGUUGUGGUUAUGGUGAAAAUUAUAUUGGGAAUGAAAGUUGAAUGAAUUUUGGUUGAAGUUGGAAUGUAGAAGAUUAUGUCACUUUAGAAUGAUUUUGUGAUAUUAUGGAAAUGAAGUUGUUAAGAUGUGAAUUAUGAUUAUGGUUGAUGAAAUUGGAAGAUGGAAAUAUGUUAUGAAUAUGUAGGUUGAAGAUUUGAAGUUUUGGGUGAAUUAUGUUUUGGUGGAAAGUUUGUAUAUUUUGUAUAUCUUGUGAAUAUUUCGUAGAAAUGAUAUGAAAUAUUUCCAAAUUAUAUUGUGAUGAUCUAGAUUAAUGAUGAAUGUGAAACCAUUGAGAUUAGUUUGGAAAUUGAAGUUGAAAUGAAGGUUAUGACAUUAUGUUGGAAAGAUAGCUAGUUAAGUUAUAUUGUGUUUAUAGUGAUUGUUGUUGUUGUUGAUGUUGUUGUUGGGUUGUUGUUGAUUGUUUUGGCCGAGUUAAAUUCUCGGGGAUGCUAUAUGUAUAGGGGAGAUGCUGCCCAAAUUUCUGUAGGCAAUUAUGAAUAAAGAUUGAAUACUUAAAGAUUGGAAAUUGAGAAUUGGUAAAUGUGACCAAUUGCAGAUUUUGGGCGAAACGGGAAUUGAAUUUGGAAAGGCGUAAAGAGCAUAUAAGGUAUGUAAAGCUAUCCCGAUUCUUCUCUUGGCAUGUCCUAGAUGUACUAGGCUUGGAUUUACGCCUCGGGGAAUAUUCUGUCCAUCGGAAUCCGCGUUUGAAAUCGUCGCUUUUUCAUUCAAUAGAAUUGAAUUCCUUAAGUAUGCUUUGAUGAAAAAUUAUGAAAUUUUUUCCCAAAUUGCUUACGAAGUUAUGGAAUGUCCUAGAACCUUUGUAGGUGACCCCAUAAGCUUAAAAAUACGUAAUUUGAGCCCACCGCUUCAUUGGUCCCGAGGUGGGCCCACUAUUUCCAAUUUUACCCUUUAUGUGUCUAUGACUUGUCUUCGAGCGUUUUCGUUAGAGAUACUCUAACUACUCCUUUAUCUACUAAAUAAAAACUAUUUUAAAUAUUUCAUUAAGUCUUAUAAAUUGUUUUGAAUCUUGAAAACGAUCUCGGAUAGAUUAUGCCUCCGUAACCCGUUAUGACAUCUAAAUUUACUUACUAUGUUUCCGUCCGAUUUCAUUGAUUUGAUUUGACAUUCGAUAUGCCUCAUUGAGUCUCUGGAAAUAUAUAUAUGGUAUUUUUAGUGCAUUUAGUUUCUCACUACUCCGUUCGUGGAUGCCUCAAUGUUUCCCCCACUGAGCCCGGGCCAGGAUAUGUUGUCAAGCGUGAUCCUUUGCAUUGUUCGCCGUGCCUCGAUGUGAGGGGGCAGGUAUACGCGUACAUGGGUUUGUGGAGUAUGCUGUGCCAUGUACGCUUGUUCUGAUAUGAUUUGCUAUGGCCAUCUGAUAUGACAUAUUAUGUUACAGGGUUAUGCCCCUGUUCUGAUUCUUCUGUGUUGUGGCACCAGCGUCGGGAGGGUGGCCACGUUCUGUCUGCCGAGUCCCUUGGCAGGGGCCGGAUUUCAUGUGACAUAUGUUUCUGUACACACUCUGCAUGUUUUGAAAAUAUGUAUCUGAUACUUUGGGUUUUCUAUUUACUUUCUGUACGUUCUGUACCAGUUAUGAUUUUGUUUCUGUAAUUCAGGCUUUGCAUAUUCAGUACAUAUUUCGUACUGACCCCCUUUCUUCGGGGGCUGCGUUUUCAUG